GCCCAUGGCGCAACUCAAAACCAUAUGAUACAAUCCAAGUACAUUCCGAUACCACUCCAUACCUGUCAUCAAUACCUUUUAUAUUAUAUCCACAUCGAAUAUCCCCUACAUUGGAUGACUGACGGCGCUCCUCAAGUCAAUGAUCAAGUUUGUCAGCUGUGUAAUUCAGGCAUUAUCAAUGGAAUGAAAUAUUGCAUGUGACAUUGGUGAUGUUCCGCUCUAUUUCUCUGGAAUAUGUCAAUGUGGCUAUUGUUCGUCGUUAAAAUUGCAUUAUAUAUUUUGUUUGCUGUCAAUCUUAGUGUUUUGCAAAAUAAAUGAAAAUCGACAUAAGGAUGGAAAAGAAGAAAUUGCACUACCAUCCGUUCAGGAGAAAAUUACCCCUAACACUGACAUCAAGAAACGGAGGUUUGAAUGCUUGAAAUGAUUUUAUUGCGUGACAAACACCCGAAAUAGAUUUAUUAUUUAGUAUUUUUCCGUUCCCUUUUUGUAGCACAACCUAAAUUUCUACCUCGAGCAAAUUCCCUAUUAAAUGCAUAAAAAACUUGAAAAUUUCAGGCGCAUCUUUUAGAGUAUAAUAAACCUAUAAAAUUCUUUUGAAUGUUUUCGGAAUAUUGUACAUUUUAUCUUUCAGCACAUUUUCUCUUUCAGAAUUUACAUCGUCUUAUUAAAAUAAUUCUCAAUUCCCUGCACCUAUAAGGAAUCGUUCUAACCUCUUUAUUAACGGUAAACUCUGCGCGUGAAAUUACUUUAUAGAUUUGUGGCGCGAGCCAAAAUAAAGUAGUCUCAUCAGUUGGGUCUCGAAUAUUCCAAAGCCGGAAUUCGAGACAAAUAUCACUUGUCCUUGUACCUUACCGAAUGUUAGGACAAUUCUCGAACCUUCGAUAAACGAAGGUAUAUAAACUGACACACUACCCGACAAAUAGUCAGUCUAAUAUAUUUCUCCGAUGUAAACAUAUCUAGCUAAUAAACCAAUCUUUAAAUACGACACCGAGUAAUAAUAUAAUCCCAGCACACGAACCCCCACAACUGGUGACGACGUGAUAAUGUGAAUAGUUUUGACCGCGUUUACAUUAAUAAUUAAUUUAUUACGGUAACGUCGCAACUAUUCCUCGAAGCUUCGAGUGCAUUACGAUUGUGCACUUUGUGAGUGGUUUGCGUGCCGCGUACGCUAACGUGUUGUAUCGUUCACACGCUCGGUUAGAGUUUAGUGAAUUUUUCGGUGCAUUGCCGAGCACCCAAGGACGUCGUGCUGCACUGAAUAUUUUUCCAUAGACCUUAACAAUUGUUGAAGAAACAAAAUGCCUGGUAAUGCCGGGAGGCGCGAAGCUGACAGUGGAGUCCCACUCCAACGCGUCGCGAUACGAUGUCCCGUCUUCAACGCUGAGCGUCCAGCGUUGUGGUUCGCGCAGCUCGAGGGACAGUUUCAUCUCUCCGGAAUAAACGAUGAAGUAACGAGGUAUUACUAUGCCUCAUCGCAUCUUGACCCCAGGACCGCUGCAGAGGUGCAGGAUAUCCUCCUAAAUGUGCCUGCUGAGACACCGUACACACGUUUGAAGGAGGCGCUAGUCGAACGCCUCACGCUCUCCCGAGAUGCACGACUCCAGCAGCUGCUCGACCGAGAGGUAUUAGGGGACAGAAAGCCCUCGCAAUUUUUGCGUCAUUUCAGGAGCCUCGAUGACACGGUUCCUGACAACAUUUUACGCACCAAGUGGCUUAGUCGACUGCCAACGACGACGCAGUCAAUCCUAGCAUCACAAGCGGAUAUGGCAAUAGACAGACUUGCAACACUCGCUAACAAACUGCACGAGAUCGCACUACCGGCACCCCACGUUAAUGCCGUCCAGGAUCCACUGCCUUCAGCUCUCGAAACACGAUUUUCUCGACUCGAGGCCACAAUCAGCGAGCUAACAUCGCCCCUAAAGGGGCAAAGCGUCGGACGUUGUCACCCCCACUCACGUGACGUGUCCCGCCCGCGAUCACGUUCUCGAGCAGCCUCACCAGCACCCGCACAACAGCCUAUGCUGGUAUCAUCGAAAGUACCACGACAGAGCUAAACGUUGCAA